UUUAGUGAGCGACACAUGUUGCACAGUUCCUCUCUGCGAGCCUUCUUCUGAAAUGAAAACGAGUGGGAACUGGGCGACUGAGCGCAGGAUGAAGAAUGAACCAGUAGGAGGAUAUUGUUCCCUGAAUCGGUGUGGGAUGACUUUUUUGUUUCACCUGGAAGAGAAGCACACGCUGAGUCUUCAGAAGCUGCAUGAGUGAAGCAGCCCAGGCAGAAUGAGGACAGUGGGUUUGUGGUGUGGUGUGAAUGGGACAGGAUAGUUGGACCCUUAUGAACAGUUCAGGGAUGAACAUCAACCCACCGAUGCCACCUCUGUCUCCAGGGCUGAGUGGCAGCCCUGUGUCACCCAAGAAGACCAGCGCUCAGUCUGUGGGAUCUUUGUCAUCAGGAAUGUUCUCGCCGCCGUUGUCUAAGGUCUCCUCCCAUCAGCUGAAACAGGCCUCAAGCCCCCUGAGCUCGUCCACCCCAUCUAUUAUGACCUCUCCAAAACUCUGGCACAAAGCAUCAAUAUCAAGGCUCGCAGAGGAGUUCUUCUGGAUUGGCGGCAGUGUGGUGGCACAGCCUAAGUGGAGGUUGGGUCAGAUAGUGGAGAGGUGUAUGUGCACCAUGCAGACCGGCACUCAGAUGACCAAACUGAAAGGAAAGAAGAAAGGACUGGUCCGGUUCUUUUACCUCGACGAGCACAAGUCCUGCAUCCGAUGGCGGCCUUCCAAGAAACACGACAAGGCCAAAAUAUCGAUUGAUUCAAUCCAUGAAGUCUGUGAGGGGAAGAAAUCAGAGAUCUUCAGGAGGUACGCAGACAACCGCUUUGACCCAAACUGCUGCUUCAGUGUAUAUUACGGGGAGCGCGUGAAGUCCCUGGACCUGGUCUCCACCAACGCCGAGGAGGCUCGCACCUGGGUCACCGGGCUGAAGUACCUCAUGGCCGGUAUCAGCGAUGAAGACAGUUUGGCCCGAAGGCAACGGACUCGAGAUCAGUGGCUACAGCAGACUUUCUCUGAGGCCGACAAAAAUGGCGACGGGACCUUGAGCAUUGGAGAGGUUCACCAGCUGCUCCACAAGCUCAAUGUAAAUUUACCCAAGCAGAAAGUACGACAAAUGUUCCAAGAGGCAGACACAGACGAGAAUCAGGGAUCUCUGGCCUUCGAGGAAUUCUGUUCGUUCUACAAGUUGAUUUCCACACGCAGAGACCUGUACCUGAUAAUGAUUUCCUACAGCAACCAGAAAGAAGUCAUGGAUCUCCAUGACCUUGCACAUUUUCUGGAAAAUGAACAGAAAAUGCGCGGCCUGGCCAAAGACUAUCUGGUUGACAUAGUGGCAAAGUUUGAGCCGUGUCCUGAGAACCUGCAGCGAAUGGUCCUGGGUAUCGAUGGUUUCACCAACUACAUGCGGAGUCCUGCAGGUGACAUCUUCAACCCCGAGCACCAUCAAGUGAACCAAGACAUGACACAGCCUCUGUGUAACUACUUCAUCGCCACAUCGCACAACACCUACCUGACAGGAGACCAGCUGCUGUCCCAGUCCAGAGUGGAAAUGUACGCCUAUGUCCUCCAGGCUGGCUGUCGCUGUGUGGAGGUGGACUGCUGGGAUGGACCAGAUGGUGAGCCCAUUAUCCACCACGGUUACACCUUGACAUCCAAGAUUCUAUUCAAAGAUGUGAUUGAAACCAUCAACAAAUAUGCCUUCACAAAAUCACAGUACCCGGUGAUCCUGUCCAUAGAGAACCACUGCAGUGUGCCUCAGCAGAAGAAGAUGGCGGAGUGUCUGAAAGAGGUGCUGCAGGACAAACUGGACCUGUCCACUGUCAAUGUGAAUGAAUCUAAGAAGCUGCCCUCCCCUGAGAUACUGAAAGGAAAAGUCUUGGUCAAAGGAAAGAAGCUGCCGGCAAACCUGGACCCUGAUGCAGAGGAAGGUGAUGUGUCUGAUGAAGACACUGGUGAUGAGGAGGAAGACGAAGACAGUGACCAUGAUGAUGAUGAAAACCCUCAGGCUAGUGGAUGACACAUAGAUAGACAGGAUGGGAGCAGUGUAACUUCUGCCAGUCAGCCCAAAAAGAAGAGGCGGUUUGGCAGAUCGAUCAUGAGGAGCUUCAAACGGAAGAGGAAAAAGCGAUUUCGAGUGAAAAACAAGUCAAUGUCGGACGGAGAGUCAGACUACAGCAGCAGCAGGGAAAGGACCCAAAUUGUUUACCAUACCAAGAAGAGGAAAACAAUGAGGCUGUCUCGAGCUCUGUCUGACCUGGUCAAAUACACCAAAUCCGUCCGCGUGCAUGACAUAGAAACACAAGCGUACGUGAACAGCUGGCAGGUAUCCUCCCUAAAUGAGACUGUUAUGAACCAGAUCUUACAGCUGAAGCCCAGCGAGUUGGUGCGUUUCAACCAGCGCCAGCUUUUAAGAGUCUAUCCGUCCAACUACAGAGUGGAUUCAAGCAACUUCAACCCACAGCCGUACUGGGAUGCAGGUUGUCACAUGGUUGCAAUGAACUAUCAAACGGAGGGACGGAUGCUUGAACUGAACCAAGCCAAGUUCUCAAGAAAUGGAAACUGUGGCUAUAUCCUGAAGCCUAAGUGCAUGUGUAAAGGUGCCUUUAACCCCAUGUUGGAAGAUCCUCUACCUGGACACAGAAAAACUCAAUUAGUGCUGAAGAUCAUCAGCGGUCAGCAGCUUCCCAAACCUAAAGACUCCAUGUUUGGGGACAGAGGCGAGAUUAUUGAUCCCUUUGUGGAAGUUGAAAUCAUUGGCCUACCUGUCGACUGCUCCAAGCAGCAGACCAGGGUGGUAGACGAUAACGGUUUCAACCCAAUGUGGGAAGAGACACUCGUCUUCAACAUUCAAAUGCCACAGGUUGCUCUGGUGCGUUUCCAGGUGUGGGAUCAAGAUCCUAUCGGACGGGAUUUCAUUGGACAGAGGACUGUAGCUUUCACCAGCAUGAUGCCAGGUUAUCGGCAUGUGUACCUGGAUGGGAUGGCGGAAUCUUCUAUCUUUGUUCAUGUUGCUAUCAAUGAUGCAACAGGCAAGAUGAAACCCUCAAAUGCAGUGCACGCUGCCAGAAAACACAUCCAAAAAGCAGCUCAGAAACACAUGAAGGGUCCUCAAAAACAAACGUCUCUGGACUCUUCCGUCCAGUCCUCGGAAGACGGACGUGCAGUCUAUUUCCGUAGGGAUCUGGACACCAUCUCUCAGGACAGCAUGAACGGUGAAAUGUCUCCUCUAGCACUGGGGCCGGCAGCCAAGGCUGCCAUCCACAAAGGGGCCAUGAGUGAGCCAGUGAGGCGCGCUCACAGAGUUAAAAUCCUUGAACCACCACAGACAAGGAGAGGCAUCUUCAGCCGGAUGUCCUCCACUGACUCACACCACACGGGGCCUGCUCCCUAUGUGAUAGAAGAAAGCUUUGACCUUGAGACCUCUUCCCAGGCUUCUUUUCCUGAUGGCCCCACUCCCGACAGCCAAAAUCAAAUUCAAGAAGAACUGGAGGAUAAAGUUGAACUUAAUGAACUGCCAGAGUCAAACUGUGCCGAGCAGGAGACUCUUCAGACAUUCGAACCAGAGCAGCCUAAACAAUCUGAGAUUGAUUCAACCCCUCAGCCUCUGCCUGUGCCACAACCUCUUCCUCAGCGAAUGCUCCUCCUUGAAGCCAAAGCACCCCCACUCAUCGCUCCAUCAUCUCCCCUCCGGGUCAGACGGACGUUGGAGGCCCCAGUCACCCCUCAACCCUCCACCCUGAUUCGAACAAAGGCCCGUUCAAGCAGUUGCCCUCGAAAAAAGACCAACUCCCCUCAAACACCGAUGGUGAACCGCAAAUCUGGUUCGAUCUGGCAGACACACCAAACACAAAACUACGGCAGCUACGGUAGCCAGAUGAGACACCUACAGAAUGGCCUCUGUCAAUCGGACAGCACAUCCAGCAGCAGCAGCGGUGGCGGCGGCAGCGCAGACAGCCUUGAGUUUGUGCCCUCCUCUGUGCCAGCCGGUGCCGAGCAGAGUGACGGCACCCUGCAGAGGGAGAUGAAGGCUCUUUUUGACCAGAAGAUCAGAGAAAUCCGCUGUAAAUCACCAGUUUUUCUAGAUGAUUAAACUACAGUUUCAUCUUCAGAGGAAGACAAACUACACAGCACUACAGGCUCUGUCAAAGAAAGAGUCACAAAAGGAUUUUCUUUCG